GUUGACAGAAUAAAAUAAAAGAAAAAAUAGCCGUAUUUUAUUCAUACUUGGCAAUUUACUCACAGUUGACUAUAUAUAUAUAUAUAUAUACCUUCCUCUCAUUGUUCUGGGUUUAUGUUUCUACUCCCUUGUGGGUUUGAAAGCCUUCUGAGUUCUCAAGUGUACUUCGGAGGAGAAAAGAGAGAGGAGAAGCCAUGGCCGGUCGGAAAUUGACUCGCAUCCACAGCCUCCGGGAGCGCCUCGGCGACACCCUCUCCGCCCAUCCCAAUGAACUAAUCGCCAUCUUUUCCAGGUAUGUAAACCAAGGAAAAGGAAUGCUGCAACGCCAUCAGCUGCUCGCUGAGUUCGAAGCUGCCUGCUCGACCGGUGAGGUCGAGAAGCCUUCGGUGUUGGAAGAAGUUCUUCGAGCUGCUCAGGAAGCGAUCGUGAUUCCUCCGUGGGUCGCUCUUGCUAUCAGGCCGAGGCCCGGCGUUUGGGAGUACAUUAGGGUGCACGUCAGCGAGCUGGCCGUAGAGCAGCUGAGCGUCUCCGAGUACCUGCAAUUCAAGGAACAACUUGUGAAUGGAAGCAGCGAGAGCAACUUCGAGCUGGAGUUGGAUUUCGAGCCCUUCAAUGCUUCCUUCCCGCGCCCUUCGCAGUCAAAAUCCAUCGGCAACGGAGUGCAGUUUCUCAAUCGCCACCUCUCGUCGAAACUGUUCCAGGACAAGGACUGCAUGUACCCGCUGCUUAAUUUCCUGCGCGCUCACAACUACAAAGGAACGACGAUGAUGUUGAAUGAUAGAAUUCAGAGCCUCAGCGCUCUCCAAUCUUCUCUGAGGAAGGCGGAGGAGUAUCUGUUGAGCAUCCCUCAAGAUACUCCCUACUCCGACUUCAAUCACAGAUUUCAAGAGCUUGGAUUGGAGAAGGGUUGGGGCGACACCGCGAAGCGCACGCUCGAGACUAUUCAUCUGCUCCUCGAGCUUCUUGAGGCACCCGAUCCCUGCAACUUGGAGAAGUUUUUGGGAACGGUUCCGAUGAUGUUUAAUGUGGUCAUUCUUUCUCCCCACGGUUACUUCGCCCAAGCCAAUGUUUUAGGGUACCCUGAUACAGGCGGCCAGAUUGUUUAUAUUUUGGAUCAAGUCCGUGCUCUGGAGAACGAGAUGCUCCUCAGGAUUAAGCAACAAGGCCUCGACGUCACUCCGAAAAUUCUCAUAGUGACCAGACUGCUACCUGAUGCAGUCGGAACUACAUGCGGGCAGCGUCUCGAGAAGGUCAUCGGGACUGAGCACACGAGCAUUCUCCGGGUCCCGUUUAGAACGGAGAACGGAAUCCUUCGCAAAUGGAUUUCCCGUUUCGAUGUUUGGCCGUACCUGGAGACUUACACCGAGGAUGUCGCGAAUGAGAUAGCGGGAGAACUGCAGGCCAAGCCAGAUCUCAUUAUCGGAAACUAUAGUGACGGAAAUCUUGUAGCUUCUUUGCUAGCUCACAAGCUCGGAGUUACUCAGUGCACAAUCGCCCACGCCUUGGAGAAAACAAAGUAUCCUAAUUCGGACAUAUAUUGGAAGGACUUUGAGAACCAGUACCACUUCUCGUGCCAGUUCACGGCCGAUCUAAUUGCCAUGAACCAUGCCGAUUUCAUCAUCACCAGUACCUUCCAAGAGAUUGCCGGAAGCAAGGACACUGUGGGGCAAUACGAAUCUCACACCGCGUUCGCUCUCCCCGGGCUUUACCGAGUGGUUCAUGGCAUUGAUGUAUUCGAUCCAAAGUUCAACAUCGUCUCUCCUGGGGCUGACAUGUCGGUAUAUUUCCCUUACUCGGAAGCGGAUAAGAGGCUUACUGCCUUCCACCCGGAAAUCGAGGAACUUCUCUUCAGCUCUGUUGAGAACGACGAACACAAGUUUGUUUUGGAAGAUAAAAACAAGCCAAUUAUCUUCUCAAUGGCGAGGCUGGACCGAGUGAAGAACAUAACCGGUUUGGUCGAGUUCUACGGCAAGAACCCCCGGCUAAGGGAAUUGGUGAACCUCGUGGUGGUGGCCGGCGAUCAUGGCAAAGAAUCCAAGGAUAAGGAGGAGCAAGCCGAGUUCAAGAAGAUGUACAGCCUCAUCGAGCAGUACAAUCUCAAUGGCCAAAUCCGCUGGAUCUCCGCGCAAAUGAACCGGGUCCGCAAUGGCGAGCUCUACCGUUACAUUGCAGAUACUAAAGGAGCUUUUGUACAGCCCGCCUUUUACGAAGCAUUUGGGCUCACGGUAAUCGAGGCGAUGACAUGCGGUCUCCCGACAUUUGCGACAUGCCAUGGUGGACCCGCGGAGAUUAUAGUCGACGGCGUUUCGGGCUUCCACAUUGAUCCUUAUCAGGGCGACAAAGCCGCUGAAAUUUUGGUCAGUUUCUUCGGGAAAUGCAAGGAAGAUCCUACUUACUGGGACCAGAUCUCGCAAGGAGGCUUGCGAAGGAUCUAUGAAAAGUACACUUGGAAGCUGUACUCUGAGAGGUUGAUGACAUUAACUGGUGUGUAUGGCUUCUGGAAGUAUGUCUCGAACCUUGAGAGGCGCGAGACCCGCCGUUACCUUGAGAUGUUUUACGCGCUCAAAUACCGUAGUUUGGCGAGCUCCGUUCCUUUGGCCGUUGAUGGAGAGACUGCCCGCCAACGGCACUGAAUGAUUGAAGUGUAAUUCAGAGAUGCAAAGCCCUCCGAAUACCGAUGCUUCGUCUAUUUUUUCCCCUCUUUUUUCAGUGUGUUUUAUUUUGUGUCACUUUGAUUUGGGCCUUGUUUUGUCUGACAUUGUGGACGCUGUUGCUUGCUCCCUCGUUUGCGAUUAAUUAUAUAAUGCUAAAUGCCGUUGUUUCUCAGAUUUCAAAUUCACCAGUAGCUGCACUUUUGACAUCUUGAUUGAGGCUACGAGGCUAGCGGAAUUUGAACUCAAAACUUUCUGUUCUGAUAUUAUAUGAAGAUAGAUACAGUUGCUCAAUUUCAGUACAUCUUUAAUUAUGAUUGCAAAAUGGAUGAGGUAAUA